AUGAAGCCGAUUUUUAUUUUUAUCAAAGAAAUGGUGGACAAAUACCUAUUCUACGCCCUCUGCCUCGCAGUCAUCGUGUACAUAAAGUCUGUAUCUAUCUAUGAUUUCGCCAGCCUCUCCCUCGACAGAAGACAAGCCAGUACCUCUUCUUAUUGUAGAUUCACAAAGCCACACGAGAACUUACCCGUUGAACGAGAUUUCCACGUAAGCUGUGAUGCCAUCGCCAAGAACGACCAAUUUAUGCACAAAAUGCUCGAGCUGAAGCUCCUUCGCGCUAGAAAAGAAAAAAGAGUUCUUUCGAGCAGCUGGCACGACGAAGCCUUCACGCACUUUAUCAGCCACAACAAAUGCCCGAAAUUCAUCAACGAGCGAAACUACGUCAUGCACUCUGUUUCGAAGGAAGAAGAAGACUUUCCUCUAGCGUAUUCUUUCGUCGUCCACAAAGAUGCAGGGCAAGUAGAAAGGAUUCUCCGCGCCGUCUAUCGCCCGCAAAAUGUCUACUGUCUCCAUGUCGAUAAAAAGUCACCAUCGGCGUUUUACAACGCGCUGAAGGAUAUUGCGAGUUGUCUACCGAAUGUAUUUCUAGCGAAGAAAAGGGAAGACGUCGUGUAUGCCUCCUACUCGAGGCUACAGGCCGAUCUCAACUGUAUGGAAGAGCUCUUAGAGCAUCGAGUCAAGUGGAAAUAUCUAGUCAAUGUCUGCGGCCAAGACUUUCCGCUGAAAACAAACCGGCAAAUGGUCACCUACCUUCGCUACAACUAUCCAUACAACGAGAUUGAAAGCUUCAUUCUACCGCCAACGAAGCAAAGCCGCUACUCGAUGCAUUGGGAGAUUCAGGCUAGCGAUGGAGAGUACGACAAGAUUCCCAAAAUGACCAAGACGAAAAAGAUAAUCCUCCAGCAAAUUUAA